GAGGAGUUAUGAAAGCCACGGACCUCCACCCUCCCUCAGGAUCAGGUUCAGCGCUAAUCUGAGGAAUCUCUCCGCUUUGCUUCACUCCUGCUCCGCUCUCCAACAUGAACUUGAUGAAGUUUCUGCUUUUUGUUGCAGCCGCCGCCUGCACAAUGAAAGUUUCUCAUCAAGGUCCAAACCAGCGCAGACUUUACAAAGACCUGAUGAUGGACUACAACCCGCUGGAGAGACCCGUCGCCAGUGACUCUCAGACUCUCACUGUUGACUUCGGCCUCAGCCUGCGGCAGAUCAUGGAUGUGGAUGAAAAGAACCAGGUUUUAACAACGAACAUUUGGCUCCAGCUGUACUGGUACGACCACUACCUCCGGUGGGAUCCAGUCGACUAUCCAGGAGUGACCAACGUCAGGUUUCCAGACCAUCUCAUCUGGAAGCCCGACAUCCUGCUGUAUAACAGCGCAGAUGAACGGUUUGAUGCUACGUUCCACACCAACAUUGUGAUCAACUCCUCGGGCAACUGCUCCUACUUACCUCCAGGGAUCUUCAAGAGCACCUGCAGCAUCGACGUACGCUGGUUCCCCUUCGACGUCCAGAAAUGUGAGCUGAAGUUUGGUUCCUGGACGUACGGAGGCUACGCUCUGGACCUGAAGAUGCUGGAGCCGGACAUCAGCGGCUACAUCGCCAACGGAGAGUGGGAUCUCGUCGAGGUUCCAGGGAAGAAAAACGAGCGUGUCUACGAAUGCUGCGAGGAACCGUAUCCGGACGUCACCUUCACCGUGGUCAUGCGCAGACGGACUCUUUACUACGGCCUCAACCUGCUCAUCCCCUGUGUCCUCAUCUCCACUCUGGCUCUGCUCGUCUUCCUGCUGCCCGCCGACUCCGGGGAGAAGAUCUCGCUGGGGAUCACAGUGCUGCUCUCCCUGACUGUCUUCAUGCUGCUGGUUGCAGAGAUUAUGCCCGCCACGUCGGACUCGGUGCCGUUAAUAGCUCAGUACUUUGCCACCACUAUGGUGAUUGUUGGGCUCUCAGUAAUUGCCACAGUUCUUGUCUUGCAAUAUCACCACCAUGACCCCGAUGGAGGCAAGAUGCCCAAGUGGACCCGUGUGUUCCUGCUGAACUGGUGCGCCUGGUUCCUGCGUAUGAAGCGUCCCGGGGAGGAGCGAGUUCGCUCGGCCUGCCACAACAAGGCUCCCCGGAGCAGCCUGACCAGCAUGGAGCUCAACGCCAGCGCCUCCCAGUCCACCAACGGCAACAUGCUGUACGUGGGCGGCCGUGGUGUGGACGGCCUCCACUACUCCACCGCCGCCACCUCGCCCGACUCCGGCGUCCUCUGUGGACGGGUGGUGGGACGAGCCGGCGAGGAGGAGCUGCUGCUGCCCUUGGCUCAGAGCUCCUCGACGGGAAGCGUGGUGGAGGUGGAGCUGGCCAAGAUCCUGGACGAGGUGCGCUACAUCGCCAAGCGCUUCCACAACCAAGACGAGGAUGAGAUCGUGUGCAACGAGUGGAAGUUUGCCGCGUCUGUUAUUGACAGGCUUUGCCUCAUGGCGUUUUCCAUCUUCACCAUCCUCUGCACCAUUGGCAUCCUCAUGUCAGCUCCCAACUUUGUGGAGGCCAUUUCUAAAGACUUUUUCAACUGAAGGCAAAUAAAAGCCUUGACCAAUCACUCUUUUCAUAAGGCGUUUUUCCACUAGCACCUACUCAACUUGACUCGACUCUGUUUAGGUGGUUUUCCAUUACAGCUGAGCACCACCUCAUCGUGGGUGGAGUCAUAAAACACUCUCAAUCCUCCAACAUGGUCUCCAAUAAUCCAGCGGUGGAGUCGAGGCCACUCUCUCUCCCGUUGUGUCCAUAAAUGGCGUCCAUUUGGCUAAAGCACUUCCAUCACCUCUGGUUUGACCCACUCCGUCCGUUGUGGUCCUUGAUGGACCGAUAGUCACUUUAGAGCUUUUUCAGCUUCUCCUGACACUACUUCGUUGUCCUGCUGUAUCUGUGGACGACCAUCCGCUAGGAGACCUCCUGAUAAACUUUCUCCGUCCAGCUCCCUCUGUAUUCUUUGUUCUGUCACCAAAGACAAAAAGUCUUCAUUCGUCCAUGGUACAGGUCUGGUGAGUCGUCACUCCCUGUCCAAUCAGUGGCCUGCACUCUGUAGACGUCACAUUAUGGGCUCCACUCAGCUUGCUGGGAACCCCGGCCCAGUAGGAACUAAAAUAGUAGCUGGUCCCAGGUACUACGUCCUGAUGGAAAACCUCACAAACUCAGUAGAGUCGAGUAGGUGCUGGUGGAAAAGUGCCAAUGGAGCAACCAUUUGGAAACUCACCUGGCAGCAAUUUUCAGUUAAAUCUGCUAAUCUGAGACUUGUAUACCAACAAAUAUUUAACCAACAAAUAUUUAGCCAACAAAGCAAAUUAAGGCCUUGUGAUUGAAUUGAAAUGCAUUCUAUCAUGUUGGUGAUUAUUUAGUUGUGUUUUCUAUCUCACAGCCCAGUAUUCUGAAGAACAUCAUCCAACUCUGAUCUUCUGGUACUGUUUGACUCCAUCCUACAGAGCCCUGUUUCAGUGGUGUACGUACUUUGCUAACCUACAAUGAAUGCAGCUGUGGUUUGUUCUGUGCUGUGAUCUGUGUUUUCUUUAAAUUUGUCUUUUCCCACCAAAAUAUGGCGAAAAUCUAUUCUAUAUACAAACACCACAGUAUCUUGUAUUGAAAUGUAUUUGUUGUAUCACAUAAAUACUAUUAUAUCUAAAACCGUGUUGUUCGUUGUUAUUCACCUUUGUGUAAGUGCAGAUUAUUGUUUAUUACUGUCAUUUGCAGAACAUAACACCUCAUUCUAACAAUGUUUACACCUGUUCCUACUGACUCACUUUUAUUACAACAUUUUGUGAUGAUUAAGAAUUACUGCAAGUUCAGAUCAGUCUGUUUUCAUAUCAGUUUUAUUUUUGUUUCUGUUCUUAUUCACUGUGAGAUUUAAUAAAUAAAUAUAUUCUUUCUGUUCUGGACGGCAGAUUGAAGAUGUUUUCCUGCA